AUGGGAUUUUUGAGUGGUGUUCUCAGUAACAUCCAAGACCAUUUAGGGCAGCAUAAAGAGCAAAUUACAGAAGCUAUUAAGUCACUUAACACCAAUAAACACGCCGGUAAAAAAGGUUUUAAUGUUGCGAUUGGACAGGUGGUCGCAGGGGUGCGGGGGUAUAAUGGUAAUGUCAGAAAUUCCAACAACCAUGUCAAGAGUAAGAUAGAAGACUUGUAUGACUACGUCGCAGAAUCAGGUAAGUUAACUAAGGGGUUUAACGCUUUGCAGGUGACGGAUGAUCCAAGGCAAGCAGAGAAGGCUGUGCAGUCGGCAGGGACGUUGGUGACUGGGUGUCUCACUAAAGCGAAAGAGUUCCUGGGAGACCUGGACAUGUCCAAAAAAGACAUUGAUGAGCUUAAUAAUAAAUUAAUGCUUAAUGUUUAUAAUGCUAGAGAUAUUGUUGAACACGAAUAUAAUAGGCUUAGUCAGCUGUCCGGAAAAGAGAAGAAGGACAUGAUCAGUAUGAUAGAGAAAAUGAGCGAGCGGUUUGCGAUGCUAAAGAAAAAUAUCAACAAUCAGAUUAAUGCAGAGGUGAGUGAUGUUGUAGAAAAAUUAAAAGACCGUGUGAUCGCAAUUAGAAAUAAGCUGGAAGGAAUUAAUACAAGGCUUAAGGAAUACGUUCAAAAAUUGGAGAUUUGGAUUAGCGAUGCUAAAAAGUUUAUUAAGGAAGCAAACGAGAGAUACGUUUCUAAAAUAAUUAAUACUGGUAUCGGCUACGUUAAUCGGGAGGCGAUUAAAGAGAAAGCAGAAGAGUUGAAAGAUAAGGGUGAAGAGGUGUACGGACAUUUGCAGUGGGCAAACGAACGUGUAGAAACUCUGUGCGGAGUGGCAAAGCAGAAGGUUGAGGAGUUAGCGACCGCAGUUAAAGCGGAUCUCUUUCAACUUAAACAGGAGAUUCAGACAGGGAUGGACAAAUAUGUUCGGGAUUAUAUCAACUUGGUUAAAAAGAAGGUUGUGAAUAUUAACGACAAUGAGGGUGACGGUCUAAAAAAGAUGGAGACCGAAGUGAAGGCUUGGGCCCAGACGUUUAGUAGUCAGGAUGCAUUUGGGAUAACAGUUGAGGGUUGGAUUGAAGAUAUUUUAGAGAAAGAUGAAUUUGUGCGCAACCUCUUUCCCGCGUACGUUAACGUCAAUCUAAAAUUUAAAAGGAUGCUUGUAGCAUCUGUUUUCAAAAAACAUCUCAUGAAGGGCUACAUUGACCAAGCAGGCCAAGCGGUAUCAAGGUUGUAUGAUAAGGUAGAAGCUACGCAUGCCAACUCGAAAUUGCAAAUCUAUGUUACGGCCGUCAAGGAUGGUAUAGAUGAAUUCGUGCGUUUGCUUGGAAGUAAGAUAAAUGGUUCAGGGGCAUCUGACUUCGUGAAACAAAUUGCCACGGGGAUUCAUGAUAAUGAAAGCAUCGUAUCAUUACCAAAGAAACACGGUAAUGCUCCACCUAACCUUAUCCAUGGUGUUAAAUAUGCUCUCAAUCAGCUAGUUUGUGUCGGUAGACAAAAAGCCGCAGACCUUGAAUGGUUCAUUGGCAAAGGUGAAAAAAAAGGCAACACACCAAACGUGGACGUUGCCCUCAAAAUCGUUGAUGAGCUUAAUGCAAAUUUUACGGAUGCAAUUAAGCUGGGCAUAGAAAUUUCUGAAGAUGCCAAAACGUAUAAUCCAUACGCAACCGACUCCGGAACACCUAUUAGUCUCGACGUUAAUAUAGCAAAGACAAUCGGUGACGCACUGGAUAGGCAGAUUGGCAAGAAUUCUAAUAUUCGUGGUAGGGAUAAUCAAAUAGAGAACCUCGACAAACUGGCGCAUUCCUUUGGAACGAGUGCAAAGGGCAUUGGAUCCAGGCGGAAACUCAAUGACGCUAUCGACGAAAUUAAAAAUGACCUAGCCGAAGCAUUUAAAUUCAAUGUGGAGAAUAAGUAUGUGAAAAGCAAAGAAGCUUUGCGAAAAGGACAGAAAGCCGAAGAUGGCGAGUUACACAAGUUGUAUAACGAAAUUAAAGGUCAUCUCGACAAGCUCACCCAGGAGUUCUCUGAGACCGGUGAAAAAGUCAAUUGGUAUUUCAGCGUUCUUACGGGCGACAUGAUUAACCGAGAUCUCACCGAUAUUAUGACUAACCUCUACGAAGUACAGAACGGUUUGGCUGGUGCUAUUCAGGACUGCCUGAAUCUUGAAAAAUUCGCCACGGACCAAUGCACUGCAACCAUCAGAACUCUCACAUCCAUUGUCGACGAUCAAGUUCAGCGAUCUAAAACAGCAAUAACAAUUGAGGUGCAAGAUCGAUACGUCUCCUCCAUCCGCGGGUUGUUGAAGGCUUUCGCCGAUAAAGUUUACAAGGAACUUCAUGAGUUGCCUGAUGCAAUUGAAAGAGACAAGCGUAUUGGCUUCAAGGGUUUCAUGGAAAAAGUGGAAAUUAACAUAAACGUAUUUUCUAAUAAAGACGACUUGAAUUCCCUCGCGACCGAUGUUAAUAACGCAUCACGUAAGCUGAUAGGUUACAUUAUGCCAGAAAUACAUGUAAUGUCCCCGGUACGUUCUCAACUCACAAAUAUCAAAGACGCAUGUGAUGCACUUUUCACACCGCUAUCUCAUUGCAAACAUACGCCUUAUGAUCAUCAUUUCACAAGUAGGCUUGCGAAGCUCAAAGGCCACCUCAAUGCCUGUUCACCUGAGCAAUUCGAGGGACCUGCUAACUCAAAGCUUAUUGACGUCAUGAGAAGCGGUUGGGAAGCACUUGUUAACGAAUUGAGCAAAGCAUACGUAAACACGUACUCAGGUGAGACAACUAAGUGGGAUGACGAGAAUAAUCCGGAAACAAAGUACUGCGCCAAGAUUUUCCUCACCAUCUCAAGCACAAUUUACGAUGAUUUUAAAAGGUUGCAUUACAAGUGCAAACGCGAUUGGAAUGACCGACGCCUCUGCGAAACGAAUGAAGGCAGAGAUAAUCAACUCGGUCUGUUCCUGAAACGUGGUGGUUAUGAGGUGGCGAGGGAUGAGGGUUCCAAGGACGGCGAGUUGAACUUUUUCUCGACUACAUACAGUGGUCGAAACAUUUUUGGAAUACUUGAUAAAGUCAUAUACGUAGCACAGCAUGAACACGUACCGCAGUGUAGAUCACCGAAGAAGACGCAUAACUUCAACAUCAUCGAUUUCAUCGAAUGCCUUGUCGACCACAUCAACGAUUACAACGACGUAUGCCACUACUCCACGUUCACCUCCAAAAAGCAGCCGUGUUCAGUGUAUGAGAUGUUAUGUUGGCUGACGGGCCUCCCUCACAACCCUGCGUAUACGUCAUUGCUGAACGAAGCCCUCCCUCCGUUAUUUGAGUCACCCAAACCAGCCAAAACAAUCGAAGAUGAUGUCGAAUUUGAGGUUGUAGACCACGGGGUCUUCUACAUGGACACCUAUCCACAGAAGACCACAUACAAUGACAUCGAAAAGGUGAUCACCGACAUAUGUUCCAUAUCCUACGAUGUGGCAACCUGCAUUGCUGGCACUGGCGAUGCGGAAACCGUCUAUGGCAGUGACUUGUGUACUAAUUCUAUGAAAUUCCGUUAUCCAACGUCAGGUGAAGAAUGUCUCGACAUGUUCCUCGACAUCCUACGCCGAUUGUUCCCGCCGCUUAAAUUCCUACAAAUGCAGUGUAGUGUGAGCGAAUUACACAACGGUUGGCGCAAGUGUUACUACGGUAGAGACGUCUCAUCUGCCAACUUGCCGUGUAAAGAGCACUCAAGCGACAAAUCAAAGUGCCAACCAAAUUGCAAAGCAAAGUAUGAACCAAAAUGCCAACCAAAAUCGCCACUUCAAUCGUACCUAAGCGACUGUCUAUCCGGUCACCUUCCUCAUGUUGUAACAUCCAUUGGCUGCAAAUCAGAAUGCGCCACUUGCCCUAGAAGCAAGCCAGGAAUGCCGUGUAUCACUCCACUUGGGUUCAGAGGCUUCUCUGGGUCUACCCGUAGAGGUAGGGAUAUAUGUGACGUGCUUGAUAGAUGGUUCAAGAUAAGCAAUUUCAACAAUCUUUUCUGCCUCGUGCUAAAUACGCCGAAAAGCCUUCCGGAUCACUUCGGUUUCGCUCUGUCGCUUGCCAGUGGUCUAACUGCGAGGAAACCGUCGUAUGAUGAUACCAUAAAAACGGUCGGCGAUACGUUCAAAGCCGCCAUGCAAAAUGUAUCUAUGAAAUUAUAUGAAGACACAUCCAAACUCGUGGGAGGUAUAACGGACGCAUACGGUUCGGAGUUAAGUACUCACUCCAAAUGCGAAGACCACCACCUUGUCAGUCUCACACGUUACGGCACGUGUGACGAGGAGGGAUUGUAUUCUGCUCCUUUCCUGUAUUCACUGUCCACCGAUUACUGUGACUACCGCCGUAAGAAACAUGCUGGUACUUAUCUCUCCUGGGCUGUAUACCUCCCUUGGGAUUUCUGGAAAUAUCUUAAAAGUCUCUACGAAGAAUUCUGUAACAUUAAAUGCCAGAACUGGGGAUGUCGUCCGUGUUUGCACGGCACUACCUGCAAGGCCGGAGAGCAUGGUAUUAUAGACACGUCGUGCAAAUGCUCGUCUGUUGUGAACUGCAGAGGCGUGUUGCCCACCCUGUAUAAAUAUGGGUUUACAUUCGCAAAUGCUGCAAACUUGUCGGCAGAUAAGAAAACUUGUUUCUAUCUCCACACUCAAUUGAAUAACGUUAUCAAAUCAAAAUACUUCACAAACCUCUUCGAAGAAUGUGACAAUUUCCUAUAUUAUAUCCGUUUCCCCUUCAUGACACUAACACUUGCCCUCUGGCUCCUCACUCUGUUGUACCUCCUCCACAUAAUGGUCAUCCGCCUCGACCUGCUCCACAUCAAAUCGCAUUUGCAUAGUCCCUCGUCACAUCGCAUCGCCGCUCAAUCGCUACUCGCCGCCGCACGCGUUAACAAGCUUAACAGGGUGUUUUAUCUGCAACCAUAA